UAGCCAGCAGGGCUUUCUAUCGAAACUUUCUAGAAUAUGGCGGAUCAAUUGGUGAGUCGCGAUGUCCCGUGCGGGCUUCAGAUCGUACCCGCCACAGAAUUCAAGGAAGCUUUCUCUUUGUUCGAUAAAGAUGGCGAUGGCACAAUCACUACCGAAGAACUCGGCACUGUGAUGCGCUCAAUAGGUCAAAAUCCUACCGAAGCAGAGCUACAAGAUAUGAUCAACGAGGUUGACGCUGAUGGGAACGGUACCAUCGACUUCCCAGAGUUCCUUACAAUGAUGGCGCACAAAAUGCGCGAUACCGACAGUGAGGAAGAGAUGAAAGAGGCAUUUAAAGUGUUUGAUGAGGACGGGAACGGCUAUAUCAAUGCUGCUGAGCUGAGACAUGUAAUGACGAACCUGGGCGAGAAAUUGACGGACGCUGAGGUUGAUGAAAUGAUUCGUGAAGCAGAUGUUGAUGGCGAUGGCCAGAUCAAUUACGAUGAAGAUGAUGCUGUCGAAGUGAUGUGGAAUGCGUCCUGUACAAUGGGGGCUACUUCAGCAUUCUACUUACUCUCGUCUUUCUCUGCUCAAGUGACUCGAUUCGCAGAAAGAGUUGCAUGUUCAACGUUCAAUUGCUAAU